AUGGUAGCAGCCUCCUGUGAGAAGAUUCGCCUCGAGUCUGUUCUUACAGCGAUCGGAAAGCUAUUUCCAAAUGUCAAAUUCACCAUUUGCUUCGAUGUAGUCACAUCUAAGGACAAGGCCAAAUUCACGAAAGCAGGCGUCGAGCUACUAACCUUACAUGAGCUGGUGGAUAUGGGCGUGGAUAAUGUCUUCCCACAUGAUCCUCCCACUGCAUCGGAUGUUGCGGUACUCAUGUAUACAUCGGGUACCACCGGUAACCCCAAAGGUGUUCAGGUCACACACAGCAACGUAAUGGCUAAUUUAAUUUCACUUCAGAAACGCCUGAACGUGCGCAACCAGGAUGUGCACUUCUCAUUUCUUCCGUUGGCUCACAUACUUGAAUGGGUGGUGCAGGCAUUAUACAUUAGCCAGGGUUGUAGCAUUGUGUUUUAUCAAGGGAUUCUGCCCGAGCUUAUGCUGGAUAUCCAAACCCUGAAACCCACAUUCUUCAUCGCCGUCCCUCGUAUUCUCUCACGUGCCUACGACAAGAUCAACCAAGGCGUCAAGGCAGGAGGUCCUGAAAAAGAAGCUGCGCUCAAAGGCGCAUACGAUAUGCGUCUCGCAGCGCUGGAAUGA